AUGGAGGCACACGAGGAACUGAUCAAUUGGGCUGAAGCUCAAGGAAUAGUCCUUUCGGGAGUUCGACCAGACAGAAUCCCAGGGCGUGGAAUUGGUAUCAUCGCCAGCAGGAAAGUCAAGCAGGCCGAUGAGACUGUCCUGCGCGUGCCAACGACGGCUCUACGGACAAAAUUCACCGUCCCGAAAGAGAUAAGCAAGGCUCUACCAAAGAACAUGACCGUCCACGGCCUCCUGGCAGCUGACCUGGCCCUCGAGGACUCGGGCAAGUAUGACGAGUGGAACGCCGUGCUCCCGACCCCGGAGGACGUCCGGACCAUGCCCUUCACCUGGCCACCAGCGCUGCAGGCGCUCCUCCCUACGCGCGCAGCUGAGCUGCUCGCCCAGCAGGAGGAAAAGUUCGCCAAGGACUGGGAGGCCGUGUCGUCGUCGCCACUCUCCAAGAAGCCGACCAGGGACUCGUACCGUUACGCGUGGCUGCUCGCCAACACGCGUACUUUUUACUUUGUCUGCCCGCGCACGGAGCGGCUUGCCAAGGAGGACAGGAUGGUGCUGCAGCCCGUGGCGGAUCUGUUCAACCACGCCGAUUCGGGCUGUGCCGUCGCCUUUAACGACGAGGACUUCACCAUCAGGGCCGACAGGGACUACGACGCCGGCGAGGAGGUCCUGAUCUGCUACGGCAACCACAGCAACGACUUCCUGCUCGCCGAGUACGGCUUCGUGCUGGCCAUCAACAGGUGGGACGAGGUGCGCAUCGACGACGCCGUGCUGCCGCUCCUCACAAAGGCCCAGAGGGAGCUGCUCAAGGAGCGCAACUUCCUGGGGAACUACAUGCUUGACGCCGCCACCGUCUGCUACCGCACAGAGGUCGCUCUGAGGCUGGUCUGCAGCCCCAACGAGGAGUCGUGGCACGCCUUUGUCGACGGCUUCGAGGACGCCUCGGUCAGGGGCAAGGGCGCCGCCGAGAGGAUGCAGAGCAGGGUGGACCGGCUGCUGCUCAAAGCCUUGACGAGGUAUCGUGACGAGAUCAUCGAGGAGCGCUGCGAAGCUUUGGAGGACCAAGGUCGCGAUUACGGGCCCGAAUUAGAGGAGCAGACGGAGUUGUUGUUGAGGAGAUGGAAGCAGAUAUCGAGCCUGGUGAAUAAAGAAAUCAAGCGGCUGGGGGCGAAACUAGCGUAA